AUGGCGUCCUCAUCGACACCUCCCACUCCUCUUCUCUAUGCCUGCAUCGCUCACAACACAACCAUUCUCACCGAGCAUACGACUUCUGCCUCUUCUCAAACCUCAUCCCUAGCCUCUCUUGUGCUCCCCAAGAUUGCCCACACAACGGCGCAAAAGCUGACCUACACUCACAACAACAAUUUCAUUCACUACAUCGCCGAUGCCCCUUCAGAAUAUGCGCUCCAAUCCUCCUCCGCAGGCGGACUCACCUACCUCGUAGUCGCGGACUCUUCUCUCGGUCGACGGGUGCCUUUUGGCUUCCUCUUCGAAAUCAAGAAGCGAUUCUUGGCCCAGUAUCCGCCUGAGAGUACCGACUUUGCAAGUCUCCCGAACUAUGGCGCUGGCAGCUUCAACACGGAAUUGAAGAAGUUGAUGGUCGAUUAUGGAACUACCAAGGCUGGCCAACAAGAUGCGAUCAGCAAUGUUCAGGGAGAGAUAGAUAACGUUAGGGGGAUCAUGAGCCAGAAUAUUGAGAGCUUGUUGGAGAGAGGCGAGAGGAUUGACUUGCUGGUUGACAAGACGGAUCGAUUGGGAGGCAGCGCACACGAUUUCCGAGUCAGAAGUAGGACUCUGAGGCGGCAGAUGUGGUUCAAGAACGUCAAGUUGAUGGCUUUGCUCGUUCUGGUCAUCAUUUUCUUAGUCUACCUAUUCGUUGGAUUUGGAUGUGGGUUGCCUGGCUGGUCGAAAUGCAUUGGGAAGUGA